AUGGCCUCUGCUCCGCCUCAGCAGGAUGAGCUGAUCUCACACUUCUGUGCUAUCACAGGAGUCAGUCCUUCCACGCUGACAUGCAUCAAGGCUAGAGACCACCUGGCAGCCAACAACUGGGAUCUGGACAUGGCUAUUGCAGAAGUCUACCCCGAAGAAGGAGGAGCCGAAUCAGAUUAUGAUGUCGAUGAGAAUCAAAAUCAACAACCAGGACAAAUGCCGGCAGAUCGGACGGCAGGAGGUGGCUCCGCACAGGGCCCAGGAUCGAAAUCCAACCCAGCGUCAAAGAGAUUCGCAACCCUAGGGGACCUAGGAUUUGGUGACGGAGGAGGUCACCCUGCCCACGAUGAAGAUGACGAUGAACCCCAAGACCUUUUUGCAGGAGGCGAAAAGUCCGGCCUUGCUGUCCAGAAUCCAGACGAUAUCAAGAAGAGGAUCAUUGAGAAGGCAAAGAAGGCACUGCCGCCAGCUGAGCGUAAGCCAACGUCAGCAAAGUCACACUUUACCGGGACUGCUCGUACACUCGGCGGAGAUGACACUCCGAGCAAGGUCAUCGAAGACCCGAACGCGGCUCGACCUCAAGACCUUGAACCUGUACAGAGAACUCUAAACUUUUGGAAUGACGGAUUCUCCGUCGAUGAUGGCGACCUAUACCGAUCCGCCGACCCUAAGAACGCACAGAUAUUGGAGGGUAUCCGACAGGGCCGCGCACCUCUAUCCAUUAUGAACGUUCAGCCCGGACAAGAUGUCGACGUCCAAGUAAAACAGCACGAUUCAGACUACAUAAGGCCCAAGGGAAAAUUCAAGGCGUUUGCUGGAUCCGGCCAGCGACUAGGUAGCCCAACUCCAGGUGUAGGGUCGGGAUCACACACGCCCGUACCCGCGGCAGCGUCGGCCCCAGAGCAGGUCAGCGCUGGACCAGAGCAGCCAAAGAUUAACGAGUCGGAGCCGACAGUUACGCUACAGAUCAGAUUAGGUGAUGGUACACGAUUGACGAGCCUGUUCAACACCACGCAUACUAUUGGUGACGUGUACCAGUUUGUGUCAGCGGCCAGCCCCUCUAGCCAGCAGAGGGAAUGGGUGCUCAUGACGACUUUCCCAAGUGUAGAGCUCAAAGACCGCUCGGCUGUACUUGGGGAACUCAAGGAGUACAAGCGCGGUGGCGUUGUGGUUCAAAAAUGGACUUGA